CCGGGAAAACUAAAGAAAACGUGUCAAAAAACAACAGGAAAAUGUGCAAUUCUUCUAUUGAAAGAUUAACCACCCACGCGUAAAGCAAAUGUUGAUGAAAUGUGAAUAAGCGGAUGAAAAGUUUCUAUUGCCGUGUGCGUGUGGGAGCACUCGCGGUCGUGUGUGUCUAUGUAUGUGCCAAUGGCCUUUGGAUUUUACAAGUAUUUGUAUUAACAAAAACCAUAAAGUCGGGUUCGAUUGCUCAGUAUCACUGGGGUUUAUAGUGACGAAUGGUAGCCGGCAACCGUUUCUGAUGAUAAGAGGUGUCUUAAUCGUAAUUUGUCGCGGGCAACGCCGCCACGAAAUAAAGGUGCUUUGUUGAUAGACGGGAUUUACGGUUAUACGACAACACACACUCCCACAUGUUUACCGUUCAAACAAAUCGAGAGAGGCGGCAGGCUGAUAGCUGAUAAGGAGCAGGGCAGACGACCCACCAGCACGUGAAUAGUGUCGUGAGGUAGGGGGCUCUCAGUGCAAACGUGGCAGAGAAAAAAAAGAGAGAGAAGCAUCGAAAAUACAUAUACGCAAAUGCAAUGCAUUUGAAUUAGGUUAGAGGAAAAAAAUAUUACAAUUCAACGAAUUGAGGCAGGCGCGCACCGAAACAACAAAAAUCACCUGUGUAAACUCUCUUUCGCUCUCUUAACAUGGCCGAUAACAAUGUGCCGCUGCGAGACUUUGACGAAGAGAGCGAAACCGACUCUGAGACAGAAUUGCUCAUACGCAGAGACGUACGGACCGUGAGUGUCGCUGCCGUUGGCAGCAGCAGCAAGAGCAACAACAACAGCAGGGGCAGACACCGCAAAAGCUCAACUGGUUAUAGCGGUGUCGCCGACGUUGGCGUCAAAAGCAGCAGCAGCAGCGGCGGCGGCGGCAGCGGAGGCAGCUUUCUGGGGAAUCUCUUUGGGCACAGUCUUGGCUCUGCCGCCGGACAAAUACGUUAUAGAAAUGAGCGAAGUCGCGAGCGCGCAAAAUACUCGAACAGCAGCAGCAGCAGCAGCGUUUCGAAACUGGCGCAAUUAACGCACACGUCAGCGGGUGGCAGCGGUGCGGGCUCACACGGUAUUGGUGCGACUGUUGCAGGCUCCGCUGCUUCCGUCCCAAGCGGGGGUGCAGCCACAGGUGUGGGCGACAGUGCGGGAGUCGCAAGCGAUCUUGGCAACGGUACACACAGCACCGUCAUCGAUCCGGAGAACGGCUCGUCCACCGUCUUCUACCAGAACAACCGCCGAAGGAGCAAGGGCCGCAGCAUCGGGAGCAUUUUCAAGCUGUGCCUCUGCAGCUGCUGGCGAAAAUGGUUCAGGCCACGGGAACUGCGGGCCCGCACCGUCAACCUGGGGAGGGUGAACACAGAGAAGUUCCCGCCGAACGAGAUCCGGAACCAGAAGUACAACUUCAUCACCUUUCUGCCGCUGGUGUUGUUCGAGCAAUUCCGCUUCUUCCUCAAUCUGUAUUUUCUGCUGAUGGCCCUCUCGCAGUUCAUUCCGGACAUACGCAUUGGAUAUCCCUACACCUACUGGGGACCGCUGGGCUUUGUGCUCAUGGUGACCAUAUGUCGUGAGGCCGUCGACGACCUGAGGAGGCACCAGCGCGACCAUGAGGUCAACUCCCAGAAGUACAAAAGGCUUUCGGCGACCAAUCACAGUGGCUACGAGAUGGUUCCCAGCUCCAAACUGAAGGUUGGAGAUGUCAUUAUUGUGGAGAAAAACGAAAGAGUGCCGGCGGACCUUAUCCUGCUGCGUACCAGCGAUCGCAGUGGCUCUGUCUUCGUGCGCACCGACCAGCUCGAUGGCGAGACGGACUGGAAGCCCCGCCUGGCUGUGCCCUACACCCAGAAGCUAAGCCGUGACUCCGAGCUGCACAGCAUCGAUGCCAGCUUCUAUGUGGAGAAGCCACAGAACGAUAUACACAGCUUCAUUGCCACCUUCUGCAUGACGGACGGCAGCGAGGACACCGGCCUGAGCGUGGAAAACACUCUAUGGGCCAAUACGGUGGUGGCUGCCGGCACAGCGACUGGCAUUGUUAUCUACACUGGCUGCGAGACGCGCAGCGUGAUGAACAAUUCCCAGCCAAGGUCCAAGGUGGGUCUACUGGACAUGGAGAUCAAUGGAUUGACAAAGGUUCUCUUCUGUGCUGUAUUGGGACUGUCGCUGGUCAUGAUGAUGCUAAAGGGAUUCGGUGGACCUUGGUACAGAUAUAUGUUCCGCUUUGUUCUGCUCUUCUCGUACAUCAUUCCGAUCAGUUUGCGGGUGAAUCUGGACAUGGGAAAGGCCUUCUACUCGUGGCAAAUGCAGAACGACUCCAACAUCCAGGGAACUGUGGUGCGAUCCACAACCAUACCGGAGGAGCUGGGCCGAAUCUCCUAUGUGCUGACGGACAAGACGGGCACCCUCACCCAGAACGAGAUGGUAUUUAAGAAGAUCCACCUGGGAAUUGUCUCGCACGAUGCCGACACCUUCCAUCACAUUGGCCAUAUCAUACAGAAGCUUUCGGGUAACAUACUACAGCAACAACAGCAGCAGCAGGGCAGCGUAUCCAGCUCUAGCAGCGGGGAGUCCAACACCACCAAACCGAUUAUGUUUGCCGGCAACCGCAUGCGGCGACCCGAAGGCUGGCGUGAGUGGGAGGCGGUGCGCGCCUUGGCCCUGUGUCACAAUGUGACACCCGUGAGUGAUGAGGAGGACAAUCGGUCCGUGUCCACGGCAUCCACGGUCACGGGCGGCAACAAUUCUCCCACCAAAUCUGUGAUAAACAUCGAGGCCCCAGGCAGCACAGACACGGAGCAUCAGUACCAGGCAGCUUCCCCCGAUGAGAUCGCAUUGGUCAAGUGGACAGAGCAGGUGGGAUUGACUCUGAUUGCCAGAGAUCUGAAUACCAUGACGCUGCAGGUGAAGACCCCCAGCGAGGACAACGAUAUCCUGCUACACUAUCAGAUCCUGCAGCUGUUCCCCUUUACCAGCGAAAGCAAACGCAUGGGAAUUAUCGUGAGGGAGAGCAAGUCCGGACAAAUAACGUUCUAUUUGAAGGGCGCCGAUGUGGUCAUGUCCAGCAUUGUGCAAUACAAUGACUGGCUCAGCGAAGAGUCGGGAAACAUGGCCCGCGAGGGACUGCGCACAUUGGUUGUGGCCAAGAAGGGGCUCACCGAGGAGCAGUACUCAGACUUUGAGAUGCGGUACAAUGCGGCCCGCCUAAGUAUCACAGAUCGAGUGGCCAAAGUGGCCGCCGUGACCGAAUCUCUUGAGAGGGAACUGGAACUGCUCUGCCUCACUGGCGUGGAGGAUCGCCUGCAGGAAAAUGUGCGACCCACCUUGGAACUGCUCCGCAAUGCGGGUGUUCGCGUCUGGAUGCUGACGGGAGAUAAGCUGGAGACCGCCUGCUGCAUUGCAAAGUCCUCACAGCUAAUUGGCCGGAACCAGGGUCUACACGUGCUGCGCUCCGUGAAGACACGCACGGAUGCCCAUCAGGAGUUGAAUAGCUUCAGGCGCAAGCAGGGCCAUGCCCUUGUCAUUGAGGGCGAGUCACUUGAGGUUUGCCUGCAGUAUUAUCGACCAGAGUUCCUCGAACUGGCCACCGCCUCACCGGCUGUUGUCUGCUGCCGCUGCUCGCCCACCCAGAAGGCCCAGGUGGUGGCGCUCAUACAGAAGCACACGGGCAAACGCACUUGUGCCGUGGGGGAUGGUGGCAACGAUGUGAGCAUGAUCCAGCAGGCGGACGCUGGCGUGGGCAUCGAAGGUCGUGAAGGCAGACAGGCGUCCCUGGCUGGCGAUUUUAGCAUUCCGCAGUUCUCACACAUUGCCAAGCUGCUGCUGAUCCACGGCAGGCGGAGCUACAAGCGCUCGGCGGCUCUUUCCCAGUUCGUCAUCCAUCGUGGCCUGAUCAUCACCACACUGCAGGCCGUCUUCUCGGCAGUUUUCUACCUCAGUUCAGUUGCUCUGUAUCAGGGCUUUCUUAUGGUCGGCUAUUCGACACUGUACACCAUGUUCCCGGUGUUCUCGCUGGUGCUGGAUCAGGACAUCACCUCGGAGACGGCUGUCACCUAUCCGGAGCUAUAUAAGGAUCUAUCAAAGGGUCGCAGUCUCAGCUAUAAGACCUUCUUCAUUUGGGUAUUGAUUAGCAUAUACCAAGGCGGCGUCAUCAUGUACGGAGCCCUGAUACUCUUUGUGGACGAGUUUAUUCACAUUGUGGCCAUCAGCUUCUCGGCUCUGAUCAUGACCGAGCUGAUCAUGGUGGCCCUCACCGUACGGACUUGGCACAGGCUAAUGGUGCUAGCAGAGCUGUUCAGCUUGGCCCUGUAUCUUAUUUCGUUGGCCGUCUUGCACGAGUAUUUCGACUGGGAGUUCAUCUGGUCGUACGACUUCUUCUUGAAGGUGUCGCUCAUCACGGUAGUGUCCUGCUUGCCUCUGUACAUAAUCAAGUUCUUGCGUAAGAAAUGUUCACCGCCUUCAUACUUGAAGCUCUCUUAGAUCUGAUGGUUUCUAUACACGAAAUAUUUUCCCCCGUCUAAGAACUUUCUUUCUGUGUUUGUAUAUUAUGGUUUACUGAUUAAUUAUUUGCACUUGCUGUGUUACAAUUUAUUACAAUCUGUCGUCUCGUUUUGCCAAACCCAGACCCACGCCAAUCCAUUACCGAGCAGAAGCCCUAAUCCACAACCCCUACCCCCAUAUGCGUGAUAUAAUAUUAAAUUGACUCUCCUUGACACAUUUUAACUUUUCUUGUUUAUUGUUUUUGUUUUAUUUGCAAAUGCAAGAGAAAGAGUUCGGAAUUCGACCAUCGUACGAUUAUAAAAACAAAACAAAAAACUAAACUUAAUUUAUAGGCGUGUGAGGAGUAAAAGAAAAGUUUAUUGAUUUCAAUAUUAUUUUGUAUACCUGUGUGUAUUUGAUUAAUAUUUAAGUCGCAGUAAACCAAAUUAUGUUACUAAUUAUUUAAUGUUAAAGUAAUUUAAACUAAACUAAAACACUGAAAUCAAUUAUGAGAAUGUACGAAACAAAAUGUAAAACGACAAAUAGAUUUUUGUAUUAAGGAUUAGAAAUCGCAUUGGAUUGUGAAAUAAUGACAUAAAUAAAUAUAAAA